AAAUAUGAUUUCCCUGACAGGUACUCAACUCCUGGGAGCACUCGUACUGUCUGAGUAGCCUUUGAACAGUGUGAAAGAUAGUGAGUCCUCCUAAUUAGCGAUGUGGAGCUCCAAUGGCCGGACUUCCGCUCUGCACCAGCUCCUCGGGCGACACUUACGACGUAAUGAAGCGAAAGCAACGAUGCAGACAAAAAUGGGGCUUUGAUGAGUCUUUCGACUGAGAUUUACGCAAUUCUCUUUCUGUCUACAACUUUAAAAUGUCGUGGGAGAAUUGGGUGCAUGAGACUCAGUAGCAGUGAAACCAGACAAGAUAUGUGUUCCACAGUGGGUCAUCAAUUAGCGGGGAAUUUGACCGAAGGCAUGGCACCAAAAGCAGACAUCUACAUGAAGUUUGUAUCAAAGAGUCCAACAAAUAAGCUUGCGGUUCAUGAUAUGAACUGGCAGAGACGACUUCGUUGUUGUGAGAUCAAUGAUCCAUUCAUCUUUGCAUCAGAGGAGGAAGGUACCGCUCCAUUGCGAAUAUUUCUAGCGAGAACAGCGCUUGCACACGAGAGUUUGCAUGGCAGAACCUACAUCACUUCUUCAAAACACACUGCGGGAAUGGAAGAAGUUCUGUAG